AAGGAACACCAGGAGGCUGCAACAGUUUCAUCCGGAGCAAGCGCGCCUCCUGUAGUACCGGAAAUCACUGCCGAACACCAAGGAGGAGCCGCAAGUCUUUCUUCGCACGUAAAAUCGUCGAGCGGAAACUACAAAAUCGGAAGAUCUGCUAGUUCAGCACCACGAGGACACAAUCAGCCACGACAAGUGAAUGCAAGUCGCUCGUCCACGACACCUUCCAACAACGCUCCACGACCUGCCCGUCAACAUUUGGUCCUCGAACAGAACGCAAUCGAGCAGGAUGGAGACGUCUUCUACACAGGAAAAGAAGAUUUUUAUGCCGACGCAGUAGAUCAUAGACAUAGUCCUACUCCUACAGCCCUGCAUUUAUUCGAACCUACUACGGGCGAAGAGGACGCUGCUCUUGGCGGCGACGAAGACUUUGAAGAAUCUUCCGGCUCGGCAGAAGAGGAAGCAGAUCCCAGCACCAGCGGAAAAGCCAUGAUUUCCUCUUUACAAGAACUGUAUGUCGCGCAGCAAUCCGGCACCGGCGCUAACCACCCGCUUGAACGAAGCCCGAUCACCAACGCAACCCAGCUUGCGGAGGAGGUCAAGGCCGAGAUGCGAUUCUGUUGGGAGAACUACCGAAAGCAGGCCUGGGGCUACGACGAAGUGUUCCCAGUGACCGGAGGCGGCCAGAACCCGCUCGGGGGACUCGGGGUUACCAUCGUGGACAGCUUGGACACCUUGUACUUAAUGGGGC